CGUCUUCUCAGCGAUUCAGGAUCAAAAUCGUCUUCUGUUGAAACUCUUCGUACGAUGAUGACAAAUAAUUUCAAUUACGGACCUCGGAUCAAUUUUGAAAAACUUCAUCAACAUCUUCCACAUUCUACCAUUAUUCCUUCGGAGUAUCUGGAGCCAAUUUCAGCGUCCGAAAGCAAAAGUACUCGCCCAUCGGAAUCCUUGGCAUCUGGAACAAGCACUCUUGGCUCACAUUGGAAAAGAGUAGACUCUUCUGUUAAAUCGGAUAAUACAACUGCCCCACCGUCUUCGUUCUCCACCUACUCUGAUGGUACUGUUGUUCCUUCGGUUUAUUCAGUGCGAUCAUUUGAUUAUCCACCAUUGAGCGAGUCUUCUGUCUCUUUGAACACUGUUAGCCAAGUCACUACAUCCACUGAAUCGUCAGCUGCAUCAGCUCUCAGUGUGGGAACUCGUGACUUCAGAAAAUGCAUCAAUCUACAGAUGCUAGGGCUGGAUGAAUUGGAUUCGACUCUUGACCGAGCUUCUGAGCAAUUUUCGGAUUCCUUCUGGAAAGAAUCAACCGACUAUGACCAGGCAGUGAAGAAAGGAGAAAUUCUUUGGCAGAAAUUUGAAGAACUUAUUGAGUGUUUGAACGAAAAAAGUGGCGAUUGUACUGAUGAAGAACUUCCUGCCCAGGGGGAAAAGUUUUUGGACUAUGGAACUGUGAUUUUGAAGACUUUUCGUACGAAAUACAGAAUUGAAAAGUUUGUCCGCAACACCGAAAGUGUUUACAUCACGAACAACAAUACUCUGGAAAUGAUUUUGGACAACGAGAAAAGUGUUCAAAAAAUUCGUAAAAACCUGAGCAUUAUCCGCAAGAUGGAAGCAUAUUUUUUGACUGUGUCUGAAAAUAAAGAUAAUCGAGUGAAAGAAUUUUUUCGAGGUAUUGUCAACAUGGUUCCUACUCUUCCACUCAAUCAAAAUGAACGUGCCGAUAUUGAUCAUGUCAUUCGAAACAUCGAAGAAGAUUCGAAAUUCGAAAACAAAUACAAGUGUGAGCUAAUCAUGCGUCAUUUGUUGGCUACCAUCAGUAACUGGGAUAAGGAGACACAUGGAACCAACAGCAAUUUGGGAAGUAGUAUUUGGAAAAGCAUUCCAAGUGAGAUGCAUACUGCUUCUCAAAACUCGUAUGUCUCAGAAGUUAUUGAAAGUUCUUCAUUCGAAUUGGCUAAUCUUAGUACUGACGACUCGAAUCUUGCUGACUUGGAAGGAGAGUUGCGUAGUGCUAGCAUUCGUCGUGCAGUUGAAGGACCUAAAGGAAUCUAUGAGUUUGGACCUUGGGACACUGCUUCCAUUUUCUCUCAAUUUUCUAACAACUCUGAUGGUCACACCAGUAUUCAAUCGCUUCAGGAUCACCACUCUUCCUAUGAACUUUCUUCGUCUGAUGAUCACUCAAUUUUGCCUUCUCUUUCCUCGCGUUCAGUGCCGAACAAAAUUUUUGAAAACACCGUCAAAGAAAUUGUCCAAGAUGAUUUGGAUUUGAAGACUGCCUUAUCGAUUGGCGAGCCAAUUGUAGCUGGACUACCAAGAACUCCUAUUGAUAACGAGACAGAAGUUGUCAGAAGUUGUACACAAUCUGAUUCGGCUGACACUUUCAACUUCUCCAGUGUUUCGCUCAAUGAGAUGGUAGAUGAUGCGCUUCACACCGCCAAGGGAGUUGAAUCUGCAUCUGCUACAAACACAUCUGCUACAAACCUACUUGACGCUCUUCACAGUUCUGCCCUCAAAUGCGGAGUUGCUUUUAAUGAUCUAAUGACUGCAAUCUCAAGCAGCUCGGAAAGUGUUUCGGAUACCCAGGCAUCUCAUCAUUCUUCUGCCAGCCACUAAUUUAUUUCUGUAAAUAAUUUUAUUCAAUUGUCCCGUUUUUGUAUUUUAUUGUAAUGAAGUUUUGUAGAGGGC